AACAGGAACCACUGGGGCUUCAAGGCCAUGAAGGAGGACAAGUUGAAGAGGCCGCUCUCAGACAUGGAGUCGUGGAAGCUGGCCCGCGAGCGGAGUCAUCGCAAGGAGGGCGAGAGCCAGUACUACGGCAAGACCGAGGAGCACCUGGGGUCUUACAUUCAUCACUAUCAGGAGUUGCAUCCGGAUGUUCCUGUUGCUGAGGUCGCCCAGUCUCAGAUCGACGACACGGCGGUGGUGGCCAUCCAGGGGAAGAAGAAUGGCCGGUAUCCGUGUUUCGAUGGCUUGAUCACUCCUUCGAUCUCGUACACACAGCUUCGGGCUACCAACCCGAGCCAGUUAGAGAGUACGGGGCGUUCACAGACUCCCUUAGCCCGCCAGCAUGCUGCAUAUAAGGAGUUUGUCGAGCAUAGGAAUCUCGAGGUGCGGGAGUACUUGAAACGAGUGAAGGCAAACGAUGAUUACAGCCGUCAGAUGAUGACGACUAACCGCACGGAUCCACCACAAAUGGGACCCCCACCACCACCUGCAGGAGAACCUCCACACGUGCCCAUGUUUGAUGAAUGGGUGGCACUAGGCAGUGAUGGUCCGACGAAAAACACUGCCGACGACUAUACUAUGCCGACGGCUGAGGCCGUCGGCAUAGGCCCCUAUGCCGACGGCUAUACUAUGCCGACGGUCUGA